AUGUCUCCAAAAAAAGUUUUACUAGCUCUUACUUCCUAUAACGAUGUGUUCUACAGUGAUGGAGCUAAGACCGGUGUGUUUGUUGUAGAGGCUUUACAUCCCUUCAACACAUUUAGAAAAAAGGGUUAUGAAGUCGAUUUUGUAUCUGAAACUGGAAAAUUUGGUUGGGAUGAACAUUCCUUAGUUACGGAUUUUCUAGACGGUCAAGACAGAGAUGACUUCUUAAAUAAAAGUUCCGAUUUUAAUAAGACAUUGGCCAGAAUCAAUACUCCAAAAGAAGUAAACGCGGACGAUUAUAGUAUUUUUUUUGCAUCUGCUGGUCAUGGUACCUUAUUUGAUUACCCAAAAGCAAAAGACUUGCAAGACGUUGCAUCUGAAGUCUAUGCUAACGGCGGUGUUGUCGCUGCAGUUUGUCAUGGUCCUGUUAUUUUCGAUGGGUUAACCGACAAGAAAACAGGGAAGCCAUUGAUUAAAGGCAAAUCUAUCACCGGUUUUACUGAUGUCGGUGAGACCAUGCUGGGUGUUGAUAACAUUAUGAAAGCCAAGGGCCUGGCAUCUGUGGAAGAUAUCGCCAAAAAAUAUGGAGCUAAAUAUCUAGCUCCUAUUGGACCCUGGGAUGAUUAUUCAAUCACUGAUGGAAAAGUGGUAACUGGUGUUAAUCCAGCUUCAGCCUACUCCACUGCCGUUAGAUCUAUUGAAGCCCUAGAGAAUUGA